AUGGGACGGAACAACCCCGUGCGACAGGAUGGGCUGGGCUGGGCGGUAGCACUGCAGAGAGGGCCUGGAGCCUCUUGCAAGUGUUCACUCACAGCACAGCGAGCAGAACUCUGUACGUCGAUGAAAAACUACCAGCAAGCUCUCCACGACGCAGAUGUCCUCUGCCGCAACAAACCCCACUGGCCUGCGGGCCAUUAUGUGAAAGCAAAAGCUCUUUCUGGAUUGGAAAGGACUGAGGAAGCAUUGAAGGAGUUUCUCUAUUGUGUUGCCUUAAAUCCUGAAUGGAGCUCAAUGAAGAAAGAAGCCCAAAAGAUAAUGUGUGAGAUGUUUUUCCCAGCCUUUGAAAAUGUGCAUGAUAGUCUAACAGCACCUUUCUCUAGUCGAACAUCCCAUACAAGAUUGAAACCUGCAUUUCUGAGCAGCAUAAACACACAGUCAGCUGCAGAAGAUAGCUCUGUUGCUGGGUCCUCAAAGGAUACUGUGUUCAGGUUAACAAAAACCCCGUCCCAAGAAUCUGAUGUAUUUAGAAGCACUGAUUCUCCUGUUUCCCAUCAUGUUCUGGAUCUCUAUUUUGAAGAUAACAAGAAGUCUUUGGGAGCUAUUCUCUCCAGUUUACCUGGGGUUGGCUUAAAAAGAAAGCUGUCCAGUGAUAUGAGGGAUUUACAAAGCUUGGAUGUCCCCAAUAAGAUUCCUAAAAAAGAUGCAGAUGUUUUGCCUGAAAACACCGUCAUCACUUCAGGAGAGGUACCAACAACUCUGGUGGAUGCAUCGGACUUUGAGUGUUCCCUCUGCAUGAGGUUGUUCUACGAACCUGUUACCACUCCCUGUGGACACACCUUUUGCCUCAAAUGCCUUGAGCGUUGCCUUGACCAUAAUCCGCAUUGCCCACUCUGCAAAGAAAAGCUGUCAGAAUUUCUAGCAAGCAGAACUUACAAGAAGACCGUCCUUACAGAAGAACUGAUAGUCCGUUACUUGCCAGAGGAAUUAUCUGAAAGGAAGAAAGUUUAUGAGGAAGAAAUGAAGGAAUUGUCAAAUCUGAAUAAAGACGUUCCCAUCUUCGUAUGUACCAUGGCCUUCCCUACCAUCCCUUGUCCACUCCAUGUCUUUGAACCUCGUUACCGUCUAAUGAUAAGAAGAUGCAUGGAAACUGGUACCAAGCAGUUUGGCAUGUGCUUAGCUGAUGAAUUAAAAGGAUUUGCAGAUCAUGGCUGUAUAUUAGAGAUCAGGGACGUAAAGUUUUUUCCUGAUGGGCGCUCAGUUGUUGAUACAGUUGGUGUCCGUCGUUUUAGGGUCUUAAGCCAUGGCCAGCGAGAUGGAUAUAACACAGCAAACAUCGAGUAUCUUGAAGAUAAAAAGGUUGAAGGACCAGAAUAUGAAGAACUUGUCCGCCUUCAUGAUUCAGUUUAUGAUCAAGCUGUUGCCUGGUUUACUUCUCUUAAAGACAAUAUGAAAAUGCAAAUUCUCAAUCAUUUUGGGUCCAUGCCGGGAAAAGAACCAGAGCCACAGAGCAACCCCAGUGGUCCUGCCUGGUACUGGUGGCUCUUGGCAGUGUUGCCUCUGGAGAACAGAGCUCAGCUGGCUAUACUGGCUAUGACCUCCCUUAAAGAUCGUCUUAUCGCCAUCAGACGCGUAUUGAUAUUUGUGACUCGCAAAAGACCCAGAUAACAUGGACUUCAGUUGUGAGUGGGCACCGAAAACAUCUCAUGACAGGUUGUUCUGGGGGAGGGCGAAGGGGGAGGGGUUGUUUUUUGUUUUCUCAAAGAUUCCUUCAAAAAGGAACAGCCCUUUCUGACUGUCCAGCAUUCAUCGAUUGCAUCAGUUUGUUAUCCUGGGUAUUCACCAAACCUUGCACUCUCUCCUGUUGUCCUGAUGAAAUCUGAGCCUCUACAAAGCUGUGCGACAGUUAGAGCGUAGCUGAUAGGUGUGGAUAAUUGCUUCAAAGUACUACGAUAGAGUUGAUAUUUCUAGCCUGCAAGAGACUUCAGUACUAGAGUAGCACCAUUGGCCUGCAUGUGGUUUGGAUUUCCACUUGAUGGGAAAAGGAAACUGGACAAUGGAUUGAAGAGGUGUUUCCUAGACUUGCUUGAAGGCAGUGAACAGAAGAGGAGUUACGCUGCCCGG